AUGGAAGCCACGGCCCAGGGCCUAUCUGUCCUCGAUAUCCGUAGUGACGCAGAGGUGGUUGAUGAGAAUGAAAACGAACCCGUGUCACACAAAGAAGGUACUCUGAAGGAAAAGCUGUCAUCAGAAGGUAUCCCAUUUGAAACUACAACGGCGGAUUUGAUAAGACUGUUGAAGGACGAAACAAUCAUAAAGAAUCGGGACAUAAGAUACUUUUUGAUAUCAGAGAGCGCAAUAAUUGCACUGUUUGCCACCCAAGCGGGACCAUCGCUAAUAAACCAUGAUUUUGCAGUCUCGCAUGACCCUCCUAUAUCCCCAGCGGCUACCAGCGUUUUGCGAAGGCAAUGGGAAAUCAAUGACUACAUAUUUUGCAAAUUUCUUUUAUUUGUGCUAGAGAACCGUAAUUUUGUUUUUAACGUUAAAGAGUUCAACAGACCAAGAUACAAGGCUUCCUUGGGGUUUUUGACUGAAAAUGUCAUUCAUAAUUCUUCAUUGGUCCUUGCUAGCGACUAUAAUUUACUUUAUGAUUAUCUCAGGACUAUCAAAGAUACCAUGCUGCUCGACUGGUUGGUUUUGACAAUGAGAAUUGGUGACGGCGAUAAAUAUUUGCAACAGACGGUCAAUGACUAUCACAAGAAUUUUGAGAUUACGAAUUGCUAUCGUAACUACUAUAGCUACUACACACUAGUGGAGCAAGGUGCCAAGCAAUCAAAAAUUUCAGCACUGAAAUUUUCAAACUUUUUCAAACUUUUUGAUCCCAGGAGCUUAUCUUUUGAUCAACCCGACAGUAAGAAACUAGACGACACUGAUUUUGGCAAAAAUAAUGAGACGGUAUUCAGCUUCAAUAUAAAUCAAGAUGGCACACUUGAUUUUAUGUCCCCAAAAAUACGACAUGACAUUUUGUCCAAGGCCCUGGGACUACAGAAAAUUGAUAGUCCUUUGCUGUUCACACAAUUUAGAAUUCUAUCUGGUCUAAUAGAUCCUCUGACUCAACCUCUCCCAAAUGAUAAACAUAUCAUAUCAAUUGAUUUUCUUUAUCAAUUAACCUUGGGCUUUAUGUUUCCGGGAAUAGAAGAACUAACCCAAGUCGAUGGUUUAGAUUGGAAGUUUCACACCUGCUUUAACAUGCAAAAAAUUAUUAAACGUUCAAUGAUACGACUGAACUUUGAUGAUUUCGAAAGACUCAAUUCAAUUAACAAUAGCGAUGAAUCGAUUAAUUGGCGAAAACAAUUAAACAAAUGGCUACCUCAUGGCUUUAGCACUCAAAAUUUAGAACUAAUUUACAUGGUCGAUAUUUUAGCAGUGUAUUACAUCUACAAGUCAUACGAACAUUUACCAAUUCAACUAAAUCCAUUUUUAUCAACGUUAAUUUCUAUGUGGAAAAAUCUAACUUGUGUAAUAUUGCUAGGCUUAGAAAUUGAUAGAUUAGAGGAGGAACAUGAAACAUUUGAUACGCCACUUCUUGUUCGUGCCACAGUACGUGGAGCAACCGCUUUACGGUCUGUUGUGGCAGCGGUUUUAAAUGGACAUGUCGAAUACUAUAAGCAUGACUUUAAGCAUGAAUCUGUCAAUACGUUUAUGUCUCCAUAUGGCAGAAAACUCUGUCAAGGAGCUCUUUAUGCUGAUCUACGAUCACACGCUGCUGCAAUUUUGGCUUUGGGGACAGAUUUGGAGGACGUUACAGAAUUACUAGCUGAUCUCCAGGCUGGUGACCGGUUCGACGAAGAUGUCAGAUAUAUGUUCGAAUACGAAUACGAUGAUUUUAAUGAUAGUGAUUUGGAAGAAAACGAUUCAAGGAUCAAUGAUAACAGUACGAAAGGGAAAAUGCCUAUACAAAGAAGGUGCAAUUGUCUUUUUGAUGAUGAUGUAAUGGAACAUGAAGGUGACUAUAAUGAAUCUAAUGAGUCUGAAUUUGAAAAUGGUGAAGAAUUAAAACAAAACCAGUUCGGUUCACACAUGAAGCUUUUAACAACGGGCAAAUCCCAGGCGGUAAGGCAUCCAAACUCUUUUGAGUUUGAUUACAGUGGCAAGGACUGGAGAGACAUUCCGAGAGGAAGGAAUUUUUAUUACUUUGAAAGCUAUAAAUUCAUAAAGAAUCCUGAUUUGGAAAUAAUAAUUUCCUUAACGCUUAAAGCGAGUUCUUCAAGACUUGAAGAAGAUGAAAGUUUACUUCUUUUGAGAUCUGUAGCUUCCUGCGUUAAAAAUGAACAAGAUGAACUACUCUUGAGUGAUUUUUUUUCAGAACCCAAGAGCCAUGUUGAUCGAAAUAAAGAUGGAGAAGAAGACGAAAAACACUUUGUGCAACCAGACGAUAUAUAUGAUCUAUGGUGUUUAGAAUCAACUUUUGAGAAAGUGAUUCAGAGGAAUCCGCAUCUAGCCUGGAGACUAAUGGAUGAAAUGCUCGUCUGCAGUGGCUAUCGUAGGGUUCUUAUUUGGUUCAUUACCCAUAUGAAGCUAAAAUUUCCUGUCAUAGAAUAUAUUUACGAGUUGGUGAUGGGAUUGCGUGGUAGUUCAAUCUCGGAAUAUUCGCACUCUACAUUACAGUCCGGCUUGGAUCGCACCCCUUCGAGAAAGAACAUUGAAAAAGAGAUGUUACUAUUACCAUUUUCAAGACAGGACUUAAUUGAACUCUCCAACAUUGAAACCAAAAUGUUGAUGCAAGAGUUUUUUACAAAUGCAGCUAUUUCCCUCUCAGAAAAAUCCAACGAGGCUAAUGAAGGGCAAAAUGGGGAAGGGGAGACUGACAUAUCGCUAUAUGAUGUCGAACUCAUGAAACUUAUAUGCUCGAUGGUACGCACUUUUAUUGCCGAAGGGAAACUUGAUUUCAGCGAGAGUGAAAGUGCGUUUGAACUCCAAGCAUUAUUGAUGAAUUGGCUGACCAUUAUUCCAGAGGCCAGAAGUUUGUUUUUUGAUUUAAAAACAAAACUGGGUGAAAUGAACAGUAACUUCGAGAAAGUCAAUGGUCAGGGUGCACUGAACGCUACAGCAUUAGAAGAUCCCGCAACUCAGGAGACGAAUGAUAAUAUAGAUGAAAAAAACUUCGAAUAUAAUAAAAAAUUGAUGAAUUUACUACCGCUUCCUCUGAAGGAUAAUGAGGCAAAUGUAGAAAAUGCUGCAGUUCAAACUUUGAGAAAUUUUAUCAAUAGGUUUCCCUUUACUUCGAGCAAACCCAGUAUUGGUCGCAAGUUGAUUUAUGAGAACGAUGAAAUCUUACCUAUGGCAAAAACCGAGCGUCCUUUGGACCUUCAUAAUUAUUUACUAAAAUUUGAUGCAAAAUACAAGUCUAUAUGUAUUUCAGAAAAUGAGGCACCAAAUCAAAUAGUCGGUAGUUGA